UCGCCACGAAGUGUGAGCAAACAGGAGACGAAAGGAAAGCUCGCUUGAAAACGCGUGGCUGCUUCACGCUCCGCGAGCCCCAUUAGAUCUAAAUAUGGCAGUUUGCAUGAGGACAUGGCGAUACUACGUCCUUCCUCUCCUCGGAUGCUUAAUUGGUGGGCUUGCUUCCAAUCUCCAGGGAGCUUUCGACCAAAUCGUGAGCCAUCACGCUAAAGAUCUGAGGGCUCUCAAUCGUACGCUCGACAGCUUGACCAAUAUUGCAGAGAACCUGUUCAACGAACCAGAGAACCCGAAGUACCGAAAGAUACGGCUUCUCAACAAGGUCGUCUGGGAGAGGGUCGGUAGCGUCGAUGGGGGCAUCUCCUUCAUGUCAGCCUUGGGCUUCGAUUUAAAUCCAGGUACCGGCGACGGCCCAUGUUUUCAGGCCCGCACAGGUGCCCCCGUUGAGACCGACGUGAGGCAGGCGCUGGAUUUGCUAUCAGCGCGACUUCUACACCAGAGCGAAAGCGGGAGGCCAGCCGCGGAAGCUGAACCUCGUGAAGCAUCUGGUUUCAACCCCUUCACGACCGCAUUUUCUCGGAAAUCGCGCACGCGCUUGCAAGAGCGAGCAGAGCAAGGGUUGGCACAUCUUUCUUACAGCCAGGCGAAGCGGCAGCAACGCUUCUCAACACUUGAAGAACGGCUUGUAACUAUUUUGUUGCCUCAACAGCCGCACGAGGCGUCUGCAGAAAUGGAGGAGCAGGAGCAAGAUGGAGAGCAGGGGGAAGCAGAUGCAGAACAGCGUGAACUUGAACUUGUGGCGCAGCUGUGGAGAGAAAGGAUGGGCAACGAUGAGGUGGAGCGGUUCGAAACCAGGGCAGCGAAAAAGCUCAGAUUGUUGCGCACUGCCAAAUCGUAUCCCUACGUUCUUUGCCGGAUACGCCUACCUGGAGGAGUAUAUUUGCAGGCCCGCUUCAAUUCUAAGGAAAGUUUGGAGACUAUUUAUCAGGUUUUUGGACAAGUCCUUUCCAUGGAAGCUGAAGUUGAUGGACAGCUUUGCCACAACUUCGAGCUCUUUAUGGCGCCACCAACCCGAGUGUUGCCUCGAGAUAGCACCCAAAGCCUCGAAGACUCCAACAUUUUAGCUCCAGCGUGCGUCCUGCACCUCCGAUGGAAGAGCGGAGAAGCUGGACUACAAACCUGGGCGCAGAACUUUGAAGAACGGUUGUCGCGGGCUACGAUGGAUGGCUUAGCGCUCCCCAGGGUGCCGUACUCGUCCAGGCUCGACGUGCCUGAAGCCAUUUCUUCAAGGCGACCCCAAGAGCUUCCUCCUGCUGAAGAAGGUGCUGAUGAUGAUGGGUCAGAAUCGGAAUCGGCUGAGGAGGCGCCAGAGCAGUAGUGUUUUGAAGUUGCAUUUCGUAGAUAAUUUGUUUUGGAGAGCUAAUCGCCGAAGGUUGCCAUGGCGAUUGCAACAGCACUUACGGUUCUACCACUCAAUGAUGUCGUUUCUAGUGUUAGCUCAGUCUCAGUUGCGCAGGUCGUGGUUGUGGCAUACCUACAGGUAGCAGUCAACUUACCAUUUUGUUCCACUCUCGGGCGUCAUGCUUUUGGUAACAAGUAUCGAAAUGUGGUAUCCUCGUUCUUCACUGCAGGUCAAAAUGAAUGGUGGUGUACUUGUUGUGUCGAAUGUCUGUCAACCAAUCCUUUUACAUCAGUAUAACUCGAAACACCUGCGGCUGAUCCCGCCAUAUAUGUAGACAACGGCUCU